UUGAUGGCAUGACGCUGCAUUUCUAAUCAAUGGGAAACAUAGUAUUUUACGAUACUUGCCGGGUAAUGUUGAAUUGGGCUGCUUUACAGCUCGCGUAGUUGUUUUGUAUUAGAGCCCAACUGAAAGACCACUUAGACUACCCAGAAGGGUCUGUGCCGCUUGGAUGUUCGGUGCGGUGACUGAGUGCCUCGCCAAGAGACAGCUCGUGUGCUUGCUCUGCUCCCGGUAGGGGAGGGAAACUGGUGCAUCACUGUAAGUACGUCUUUAGUUAUCAACAGUCGCGCGGAGCUCCGUUAAGCAAACUGCUAAACUGUGCACUAUUUACCUAUAUUGCAAACAACGAAAGCGACAUUCAUAGAGUAGGUUACUAUUAGAAUGUAUUCGGUCGGUGAUACAAUACAUUUUGCACUCUAGUGAUGGACCGAUAUUAAUUGUGCAUAGCCGCCCAACUCACUCUCCAACAGCAUUGCCACGAUUCAACACAGUGAUGUCUGUGUACAGAAUUUUGUUAGGAGUAUCAAAACACGGAUUAUUUCAAUGAAAUACUAAUUGCAAGGAUAAUUACACAUACGAGUGAAGACCCAGAAAGGUACCAAAAGGAUUCCAUACAUUUGUGAUUGGAUGUGAGUCUACUUUGACCCCAGAAAUCUGACGAUGAUGUUGCUAUGGAAACUGCUGGUGCUGAAGUCACUCAUGGGGUGCCUGGCAGAGAGCAGUGUCCUGCAGAGCCCAGUGUUCACCAAGCAGCCUGGCAGCAUUGUGUUUCCUGUUGACUCCCAGGAAAACAACAGAGACGUGGUGUUCAGCUGUGAGGCCCAGGGAAGCCCAUCUCCCCUUUAUCGGUGGAAACUGAAUGGCACCGCGAUCACUCCCAAAUCAGGCUCACACUAUAGCCUGUCUGGAGGCAACCUCCGAAUCAGCCAUUUAAACAAAGACCAAGAUGCUGGAACAUAUCAGUGCCUCGCCUCCAACUCUUUUGGGACCAUCGUGAGCCGAGAGGCCAGUCUAACCUUUGCAUACUUGGGGAACUUCAAGACCCACCGAAGAAACUCAGUGUCAGUUCGCGAGGGACAGGGGGUGGUGCUGUUGUGUGGUCCCCCAUCUCACUCUGGAGAUCUGACAUUCUCCUGGAUUUUUAAUGAGUAUCCCUCGUUUGUGAAGCAGGACACACGACGCUUUAUCUCCCAGGAGACGGGCAAUCUAUACAUCGCUAAAGUGGAGCCUUCUGAUGUGGGCAACUACACCUGUGUGGUGACCAAUACUGUCACCAAAACCAGAGUCCAGGGCCCGCCCACGCCUUUGGUGCUCCGCAGUGAUGGUAUAAUGGGUGAAUACGAGCCGAAGAUUGAAGUUCAGUUUCCAGAGAUUGUCCAUGUAGCCAAAGGAUUGACUGUGAAACUGGAAUGUUUUGCAUUAGGAAACCCUGUCCCCUCUAUAAACUGGAGUAGAGUGGACGGAAUCCCCUUUUCUAGGAAAGUGGACGUGAGGAAAGCCAGCGGCGUCCUGGAAAUCCCUUAUUUCCAGCAGGAAGACGCGGGCACAUAUGAGUGUGUGGCAGAGAACUCCAGGGGGAAGAACACUGUAAAAGGAAAGCUCUCAUUCUACGCCCCUCCACAUCUGAUAGAGAAACCUGAGGAUGUGCAGAAGCCCAUUGACGACUCUCUGGUGUGGGAAUGCAAAGCCACCGGGAAGCCCAAGCCCUCCUAUAGGUGGAUGAAGAACGGAGAGAACCUGGAGUCACUGGAGGAGCGCAUACAAGUUGCCAAUGGAGCGUUGUCAAUCAGCCGGCUGACGCUGUCCGACAUUGGAAUGUAUCAAUGUGUGGCUGGAAACAAACAUGGGGAGGUAUACUCCAAUGCAGAGCUCAGAGUCAUUGCUGUUGCCCCAGAUUUCUCCCAGAACCAGCUGAGGAGCCCCACCAUGGUGAAGGAGGGAGGAGACGUGCUGAUCGAGUGCCGGCCCAAGAUGUCCCCCUGGGGCGUGAUCUCCUGGAGGAAGGGCAGCGAGGCUCUUCGAGAGAGCCACAGAGUUUCCAUUCUGGAUAACGGAAACCUCCGGAUACAGAAUUCAACCAGACCAGAUGCAGGCCUUUACACAUGUGUGGCAAGAAACCAGUUUGGAGUGGCAAGCAGCUCCGGGACUCUCAUGGUCAAAGAGCCGACCAUUAUCACAACGGCACCGUCCACACUGGACGUGACUGUAGGAGAGAGCAUCGUGCUGCCGUGUCAGGUGACUCAUGACCCGUCUCUGAAGCUCGUGUUCACCUGGUUCUUCAACGAGCAGCUGAUCCACUUUGGCAACCACGGCGGAUACUUUGAAAAAGUGGGCGGUCAGCAUUCCGCUGGGGACAUCAUGAUUCGGAACAUCCAGCUGAGACACGCAGGGAAGUACACCUGUGCAGUGCAGACCAAGGUGGACAGUAUCUCCAUCGCAGCAGACCUGGUGGUCCGAGGUCCCCCAGGCCCACCUACCAGCAUCCAUGUAGAAGAAAUCAGUGACACCACAGCCUCUCUCUCCUGGAGACCGGGGCCUGAUAAUCACAGUCCAAUUACCACAUACACUAUCCAGGCCAGGACACCCUUCUCCCUGGGCUGGCAGGCUGUCACCACAGUUCCUGAGGUGGUGGGGGGCCACAGUCUGACAGCUACAGUAAUAGACCUGAGCCCCUGGGUGGAAUAUGAGUUCAGAGUCCUGGCAAGCAACGCCAUUGGGACCGGGGAGCCCAGUAAACCAUCCAAACAAGCAAGGACAAAGGAGACAUCUCCGAAGGUCACACCAGCUAAUGUGAGCGGAGGUGGAGGCAGUCGCUCAGAAUUAGUCAUCACUUGGGAGCCUGUUCCUGAGGAGCUGCAGAACGGAGGAGGGUUUGGCUAUGUGGUGGCCUUCAGACCGUCCGGAGCCACAGGCUGGAUGCAGGCUGCCGUGCCCUCAUCAGAAGCCUCCAAAUAUGUCUUUAAGAACGAGAGCAUCCAGCCCUUCUCCCCCUUCCAAGUGAAGGUUGGAGUGUACAACAACGAGGGGGAAGGCCCUUUCGGACCCGUCAUCACCAUCUACUCUGCAGAGGAAGAGCCUGGCAGAGCACCCACCAGGAUCCGUGCCAAGAGUCUGUCUGCAUCUGAGAUUGAGGUUUCAUGGAAAGCCCUGCCUUGGAACACCAGUAAGAGAAGAGUUCUAGGCUAUGAGUUGAGGUACUGGGAGAAGAGAGAGAAGGAGGAGGCAGCCAGUGUCCAGAGGACGGUAGGGAACCAGACGUCAGCCAUUAUCCGAGGGGUGAGAGGAAGUAACACUUACUACGUCACAGUGAGAGCGUACAACACGGCCGGGGCUGGGCCUCCUAGUGUCACUGUCAAUGUCACCACCAAGAAACCACCGCCCAGCCAGCCCCCGGUGAAAGUGAUGUGGAACACAUUGAAUUCCAAGAUAAUCCUGAACUGGGAGCAAGUCAAGGCCCUGGAAAAUGAGUCAGAAGUCACUGGCUACAAAGUGCUCUACAAGCGUAACCGACACAGCCGCCCUAGUGUCAUGGAAACCAACACAACGACGGUGGAGCUCUCCCUGCCUAUGAAUGAGGAGUACUUCAUCCAGAUCAAACCAUUUGGGGAAGGAGGAGAGGGGAGCAGUAGCAGACAGAUCACCAUCCCCAGAAUACCAGGUCCCAAUGCAAUUGGCUCGGCGACCAAGGUCUCUACUUUAUCAGCCCUCAGUACAAUAGCAUUGUCUUUCACAGCGCGAACAUCGUUAUGACAAAGCGCUCCCAGUGAACAUUGCAUCUGAUGUGGAGGCAACUCAACAACGGAACACAAACACCCUCCGUCUGGUCUAAUUAGAUCCAUUCAUUUAGGUUUUAAAGGCAGGAGGACGAGCAACGUUGGAAAACAAAGUCAUUGAGAUGAGAAGGAGAGAAAGGGCCCUGCUUUCAACACCCCGCCGGCCGGCGAGAACAGGAAAUCGACCGAUGUCUUGACUCUGUUGUUACCAAAGCAGCUUUCAUUAAAAUGUCUUAUAUGCAUCUUUUGUAUGAUAUGUCUAGCUUUUAUAGAUUUCUUUUGAAACCAAUUCAUAAUUAGUCUGGGCUUUUUAGAAAAGGCAAGGUUGAGUGGAGUUCAGUGUAUGCCCAUACUUACUUAUAGAUACAUUUUUUAAGUUUUCAGUUUGUUGGAAAGAGCACUUUUGUUGUCUAAAGUGAAAAGCAUUUUCUGGUCAAAAAUGAACCUGUAACUGUGGUUUCAUGUCAAGCAAAGACCAUAGUUCAGUCUUCUUAGAAACUUAGGAAUUGUUAACACUGAAAUGGUGUGUGUAUUGCUAACUAUUUUUUUAUUACUCCAUAAAACAUUGCACUGAUGCCUGAGGAAAAAUUUGACUUAACAAAAAUGUGACAUUAUGUUAAAGGAUGAGAGUGACUUUAUUCACUCUCACUGCUUUGAAGUCCCAUCUUCCACAGGUUCCUCAACCUUGGCCAUUUAAUUGCACUGGUGACUGGACCCUCAUAUGGCUGUCUAUCUCAUCCUCUCAGUUAGCCAUGUGUCUACUCUGUAGCUAUUCUAUUCAUCCUCUGAUAAGCCGUAUGUCUACUCUGUAGCUAUUCUAUUCAUCCUCUCAGUUAGCCGUGUGUCUACUCUGUAGCUAUUCUAUUCUUUGCCUUGUGUGUGCCUCAUCAUAUGUUCAAAACCCUCAGGUCCUUAAAGAGCCUUAAACUUAUAUAUAUAUAUCAAUAACUAUUAGAAACCUAGAAGUCUGUUAUACAGGUGCUGUAUGAUGUGUAGCUACACACUGCAUCAAUAGACAGGUUGUAGGGGUUCGAGUUAUUACCAUCCAAUGUAUAUUCCUAUGGUCAUUCUUAGGGCCAAGUUAUGUAGUCAAGAAAAUCUCCUUGUCCUAGUUAUAUAUUAUAGUUAGGGCCAGGGUUUUUUCCUGACCCUGUGGCCUCGCCAGGAAAACCUCCUUGUCCUAGUUAUAUAUUAUAGUUAGGGCCAGGGUUUUUUCCUGACCCUGUGGCCUCGCCAGGAAAACCUCCUGGCUCUUGUCAUUCUAUAUGAAGGAGUGGUGUGUUUCAACAGCAUGGUGCUGUUCAGUGUGGUUUAAGGGCAACGUGGGAAGCCUGGGACAUUUUAGUGGGUUCACUGACUGCAUCCUUACUAAAAGACAAAUGCUGCUGAUGAUCCUUUCCCAUAGUCUUCUGAUGCUGUUUGAAACUGGUACAGUACAUUGCAUAUGUAGCUUGUAGUCCAGUGAAGAAGUCAAAAGAGCAGGUAGUUUGUAGUACUUUCAAAGGGAAGUUUAGGCAGGAAUCAUGCAUCGAGAAAUGUGUAAUAUACUUUUUUGUACACUUCAGAUCAUUUGUAUACAAUGAAAACCUUUCUAAAGAGCUGAUUAACUUGGUUUUUAUGUAAUAACACAAACGUUUCAUACAGUAGCUAAAUGUCGCUUAGCAUGAAUGUGUUUGCCCUUUUCUGUACAUCUGCUAACUGACUGAAUGGCUUGAGACCACGCAAAGAGAGCAGGUUUGUGCAUCUCUACCCGUUAACCCACUAUGUCUGGACUUCUGUCUCAGACAGGUAUGUCCUCCUGUAGGCCUACAACCUUUGGGAUUUACCAAUACAACUAUCCAUUUAUCCAUUUACUCCAUGUCAAGUUCAGUUUUUUUGCUGUUGUUUGUUUAUACUGUGUUAUUGAAUAAAGUUUAUUGAUUUAUAGAAGUGA